AUGCGGAGAGCUCCAGCAGCGGCGCUCCUCGAACCUCCAGUGGAAGGAAUUGAAGACAGCACGCCCAUGUUGUCAGCAUUCACCGCGCGGCCGCUCGUGGAGCUCAAGCCGCGCGACAAGUCUCGCAUUGAAUCAGUCCUAGCCUACGGUGACCGCCUCCUCACUGGUUUGAACAAUGGCAACCUUCGCGUCUACCGCGUCACUGACGACGGCAAGACCGAGCUCCUUCGAGAACUAGAGAAAUUCUCCCGAUACAAGAUUGAACAGCUUGCCUUGAUUAAGGAGGCUAACGUACUAGUCUCUCUUUCUGGUGGUUAUGUCUGGCUCCACGAUGCGCAGUCGUACCAGCUUGUUGAACAGCUAACCCAAACGAAGGGUGCUUCUGUAUUUGCCAUCACGUCGAAUGUUGUCAAUGAUCCCGAUACAAAUGUGCCUGCUAUUGUUUCCCGCUUGGCAGUCGCUGUCAAGCGGAAAAUUCUCAUGCGGGCGUGGCGCGACAUGGAACUGGAGCGGGAUACGGCUGAGCUGAGCUUGGUUAGUGGGGUCAAGACUCUCACCUGGGUUGCGGCUACGCGACUAGUUGUUGGACUAAACUCGAGCUUUGUCAUGGUCAAUAUCGAGAAUGGACAGUCCACGGACCUGGCUGGGCCGGGCAGCAUUGAGGAAGCAGGCCGGUUCACGGGUGUUGGCGCCGCGAGCAUGAGUUAUAUUGGUAUGGGAGGCAUGGUGCCGCGGCCACUUGUGACGAGACUGCGUGAAGGUCAGAUUCUUCUGGCUAAGGAUAUCAACACGAGUUUCAUCGAUAUUGACGGCCAACCUCUUGGUCGGAAGCAGGUGCCUUGGAGCCAUGCCCCGGUGGAGCUUGGAUACUCGUACCCGUUUCUGUUGGCUUUACAUGACUCAUCCAAAGGUGUGUUGGAGGUACGAAACCCGGAGACCUUGUCGCUACUGCAGUCCAUCCCGCUGCCGUCGGCUAGUAUUUUGCACAUUCCGCAGCCGAAUAUCAGCCUCGCCCAUGCCGGUAAAGGGUUCCUCGUGGCGAGUGAUCGCACAAUAUGGCGUAUGGAAGCCCUGAGCUAUGAUACCCAGAUUGAUGCUUUGGUUGAGGGUGGUUAUCUAGAUGAGGCUAUCAGCUUACUCGGCAUGCUGGAGGAUGCUCUCUUACGGGAUAAGCCUGGUCGACUGCGCGCGAUAAGACUUGAAAAAGCGCAGAGCUUGUUUGCCUUGAACAAGUACCGGGAGUCUCUAGAUCUUUUUACCGAGGUGUCUGCACCUCCCGAGAGUGUCAUUCGCCUCUACCCUCGCUUGAUCGCGGGCGAUCUCUCUAUAGUCCCGGAGUCUGAAACUCUGAAUGGAAAGACGAACGGAUCGAGUGAUGGGUCGGGUGAUGAUGUUGCUGCUGGGCAGACAUCAACACACGCAGCCUCUAUUAUAUCAUCUGUGCCAAAGCCUGAUGAAGGAAGCGAGGCUAGCAGUAUCCGUGGAGACGACAAAGGUCUUCGAAUCGCUGUCCGCGAGCUACAAGGAUACCUAGCAGAUGUUCGCCGACGCUUCCAGCGCUUCCUCAACCCCGACGGAUCUCUCAAAGCUGCUAUACCAGUCGAAGCCACAGAUGAGGCAAGUGACUCGGUUCUUAAGUUACUAGAUUUCCCAUCUCCCGAUGAGUUUGCCUCACGAAUUUGUGCCAAGGCACGGUUGGUUGACACCACUUUGUUCCGUGCACACAUGUUCGCGACGCCAUCACUAGCUGGAUCCCUCUUCCGCAUUGCCAACUUCUGCGAUCCAGAAGUAGUCAUGGAGAGACUCGAGGGCACUGGCAGAUAUAACGACCUAAUUGAUUUCCUUUACGGCAAGAAAUUGCAUCGCCAAGCACUCGAAUUACUUCAGCGCUUUGGACAGACAAAUAACGGACCUCUGAGCGGCCCGACACGCACAGUCGCGUAUCUUCAAAACCUACCUCCGGAUCAAAUUGGCCUGGUACUCGAGUUCGGAGAAUGGCCACUUCGUGCCAACCGCAAGUUGGGAAUGGAGAUAUUCCUGACCGACACUGAAAAUGCUGAGACAUUGCCUCGUCCACGGGUCCUCGCAUUCCUUGAAAACAUAGACACCGCGCUUGCCAUUCAAUACCUCGAGCAUGUCAUUGAUGAAUGGAACGACAUGACGCCGGACAUACACCAGCGGCUGCUCAUCUUAUACUUAGAUCAAAUUACAUCCAACGAGCAAGGGGAAUGGAAGGAGAAGUUCUUGACGAUGUUGAAAGAGAGCGAGCAAUACUCGCCAGCGAAGAUGUUAGAUCGGCUCGAUCGAGAGGAUGCCAACUUCUACGAAGCCCGAGCUAUUUUGUUUAGCAAGAUGGGUCAGCACCGACAGGCGCUUGAGAUCUACGUCUUCAAACUUGCGGACCACGAGAAAGCGGAAGAAUACUGCAACCAGGUCCAUCUCGCCGAAAAGGCCGAAGAAGAGAAUUCCAUCUAUCUCACCCUCCUUUCCCUCUAUCUCACCCCACCCCACGGCUAUGAGCCCCAAAACGACCCCGCGAUUGAACUGCUAGCCAAACACGGCUCACGCCUCCCAGCCGACGCCGCAUUGAAACUCAUCCCGGACAAACAGGCCGUGGAGAAACUUGAAUUCUAUUUCAAGGGCCGCAUGCGCGCCGCAAACUCAAUUUUCAAUGAAGCGCGCAUCGUGGCAAACCUGCGCAAGGCACGGGAUAUGCAGAUCCAAGCCCAGCUCGCUCUCGGUGAGGGAAUUCGUGGUGGAGGCACGCGGGCUCGCCACGUCACUGUCACCGAGGAGCGAAUUUGCGGCGUCUGCCAUAAGCGUUUGGGUGGGAGUGUGAUCAAUGUUUUCCCCGAUGAUACGGUGGUUCACUUGGGGUGUGCCAAUCGAAGACCCAGUGUUCGAGUUGGGUAG